UGACUCCAUCAAAGAAGAGAACCACCAAUGCUCGUAUAGUCGAUCCUACUUCAUCCUCCGCAAAGAACUAUAGAGGCUUUGAUGCUAGCCACAUACACCAGGAAGUACUGACGAAGUUUGAAUGUUGAUCUUGAUUUCAAGCUUACUAGAGAAAAUUACUGCAUCAACAUGGGAAUUACUGAAUCAAACGGACGAGCUGCCGUAAUCUAACAAGCCUGCAAUGAGGUACACGUAUGAGCUUCCAUCAUCAAGCCGCUAAUCUCUGUAGCCACCAUUUUCUUCCUUCCACAGUAUCAGUACCGGCCCUCAUAUCAUCAUCCCUAUAUAAAGACUUAACCUUUCCAUUCAUUUCUGCAACAAAAACUUUGUCCCAGAAACCCCUUAUCCCCUUGAACUCACAAGUACCAUGGAAAUUGUCGAAGAUAUUGUAAUUGCAGGAGCGGGACUUGCUGGCCUAACUACAGCCUUGGGACUUCACAGACUGGGGAUUCGAAGUUUGGUGUUGGAAUCAUCAGAUAGUUUGAGGGUUGCUGGGUUUGCAUUUCUGACAUGGAGCAAUGCUUGGAAGGCCCUGGAUGCUGUUGGGGUAGGCGACACUCUUCGCCUGAAGCACGAGCGGCUUCAGAGGUUCCUUGCUCACUCCUUGGUUUCUGGGGAAGUCACUUCAGAGUUAGCGUUUAAAGGUCAUGAAGUUCGUUGUUUGAAGAGAAGAUUCUUGAUUGAAGCUUUGGAACAGGAACUCCCAAGAGGGACAAUUAGGCUCUCCUCUAAAGUCGUUGCUAUUGAGGAAUCAGGUCACUUUAAACUGGUGCAUCUGGCUGAUGGAACCAUCAUAAAAACAAAGGUGCUGAUUGGGUGUGAUGGAGUUAAUUCAGUGGUGGCAAAAUGGCUUGGUUUGGACACACCUGUUUUUACAGGAAGGUCAGCUAUUAGGGCUUAUGCAGAUGUCAAAGGUGGUCACGGAUUUGAACCACAAGUCUUCCUAUUCUUUGGCAAUGGGGUUAGAACAGGCUUUGUCCCUUGUGAUGACGAAACUGUAUAUUGGUUCUUAACUUACACUCCCUCUAUCCAAGAUGAAGACAUGGAGGACAACCCAACUAAACUGAAGCAAUUUGCAUUAAGCAAGAUUGGAAAUCUGCCUGAUCAAUUGAAAUCCAUUGUAGAAAGCACUGAGUUAGACAACAUUAUUACAUCUCCAUUGAGAUUCAGACGUCCAUGGGAGCUGCUGUGGGGAAAUAUCAGUAAGGGUAAUGUUUGUGUUGCCGGAGAUGCCCUACACCCCAUGACCCCAGACAUUGCCCAAGGUGGAUGCUCUGCUCUGGAAGAUGGUGUCGUUCUGGCCAGAUGUCUCGCUGAGGCCUUAUCAAAGCCAGGGGAUGAAGAAUGGAAGAGGAUUGAAAAGGGGUUGGAAAAGUAUGCUAAAGAAAGGAGAUGGAGAAGUUUUGAGCUCAUUAGCACAGCUUAUACAGUUGGCAUGAUACAACAGAGCAGUGGGAAGAUAAUGAAUUUCUUGAGAGAUAAAAUUCUUGCCAAAUUCUUAGUUGGGUUGACGUUUGGGAGAGCUGGUUUUGAUUGCGGUAAGCUCAGUGUUUAGUUGAGUUAAAAUGAAGCAUAUCUCUUGGUUGAAUGUUUAUCAUGUAAUUUCAGACAUUUGAAACUUUAUUUUUAGUUCUAAGAACGCAUUUUAUAAUUGUUUUCUUUUAGUUUUUGUAAUAAGUGAAGUGCUGUUUACUGUUUAUCUUUUUUUUUUUGGUUUCCCGCCCAAUAUCCGGGGUUUUACCCUGAUUACUCCGGACUCAACCAGCUGUGACGUACCAGAAUGGUGAGUAGAUCUUCCAACAAAGACUGUUGCGUACACGAUGUUUCGAUCAGUUUACUGUUUAUCUUGCAAUUCUAUAUGUAAUGAAUCGAUCUUUUAAAU